CCGGCCGACCGGCGGCAGCAGGCCCCCAACAUGUCGAGCCGGCCGUGCCGGGCGCCGGAGGGCGGCGAGGCGGAGGCUGAGGCGCAGCCCCGAAACAGCGUCAGUGUCCAGGGCCUCUGCUACACUGUCAGGGAACGUAUCGACCCCUGGUGGAAUGUGCCUUUAUAUCGUAAAAAAUGGACCCGGCAAAUACUCAAGGAUGUUUCAUUUCACAUAGAGAGCGGCCAGAUUAUGGGCAUUUUGGGAAAUUCUGGAUCUGGGAAAACAACGCUUCUGGAUGCAGUAUCAGGAAGACUGGAACAUAAAGACAACUUCUUUGGUGAAGUGUAUGUGAACGGGCGUCAGCUGAAGAAGGAACAGUUUAAGGAUUGCUUCUCUUAUGUGCCACAGAAUGACACUUUGCUAAACUUCCUCACUGUACAAGAAUCUCUGACCUACACUGCUUUGCUGGCCCGUCAGAAAUGCUCCAGCAACUUCAUCAAAAAGAAGGUAGAUGCGGUUUUGGCAGAGUUGAGCCUCAGCCACAUUGCUGACAAAAUAAUUGGAAGCCGUACUUUUGUAGGAAUUUCAGGGGGUGAGAGGCGUCGUGUUUCAAUUGCAGCCCAACUACUACAAGAUCCCAAGGUCAUGCUACUUGAUGAACCAACUACGGGGCUGGACUGCCUGACUGCAAACCAGAUCGUCUCACUGCUCUCAGAACUUGCACACAGAGACCGGAUUGUGAUUAUUACAAUUCACCAGCCUCGCUCAGAACUCUUUAAGUUAUUUGACAAAAUAGCCAUCAUGAGCUUUGGAGAAAUGGUUUUCUGUGGGAACCCUAUGGAAAUGAUUACAUUUUUUAGUGACUGUGGCUAUUCUUGUCCUGAGCAAUCAAAUCCUUUUGACAUCUAUGUGGAUCUCACAUCUGUGGACACUCGAAGCAAGGAGCGUGAACUUGAAACCUACAGUAGGGUUCAGAUAAUUGUGUCAGCCUACAAAAACUCCGAAAUCUUUAGCAAAGUACUGGCAGCCAUUGAAAGGACAAAGUGUACGAAAGAGCUGCCACCAAUACCAUUCAAAAGCAAAGACUCACCGAGUACAUUUUCCAAAUUAUGGAUUCUUUUACGGAGGAUAACAAGAAACUUCUCCAAAGAUAAGAUGGGCAUCAUCAUGCGUCUCUUCCAGAAUCUGUUAUAUGGCUUGUUUGUAGCAUUUUUCCUUCUUAGACUAAAGAGCGACCUUCUAAAAGGAGCGGUGCAGGACCGUGUGGGGCUUAUCUACCAGUGCGUGAGUGCCCCUCCCUACACAGGGAUGCUCAAUGCUGUUGCACUUUUUCUACCCUUACGUGCGAUCAGUGACCAAGAAAGUAAAGACGGCUUGUAUCAGAAGUGGCAAAUGCUUAUAGCUUAUAUACUACAUUUUCUACCCUUCAGUAUCAUCAGUGUAGCAAUUUUCAGCACCUUUAUAUACUGGACAGUAGGGUUGUAUCCUGAUGCUUCCAGAUUUGGAUGUUUCUUUGCUGUUGUCUUAGCAUCUCAUAUAGUUGGUGAGCUACUAACACUUGUUUUACUUGGUGUGGUUCAAAAUCCAAAUAUAGUCCAAAGUGGAGCGGUGCUGCUUAAUUCAGCAGGUGUGGUAGUGGGAACUGGACUUCUAAGGACCAUAGAAGAAAUGCCAACACCUUUUAAAAUGCUAAGUUAUCUUACUUUCCAAAAAUACAGCAGUGAAGUUCUUGUAGUCAAUGAAUUUUAUGGCUUAAACUUCACAUGUGGUGGACCCAACAAUUCCACUGCAGUUAGUUCAGCAUGUGUUUUCUCUCGUGGUGUUCAGUUCAUAGAAAAAACCUUUCCUGGUGCAACAUCCCGCUUCACAACGGAUUUCUUAAUGCUCUAUGCUUUUCUACCAGGACUUGUCAUUAUAGCAAUUGUGAGCUUUAAAAUAAGAGAUAUAAUUAUUAGCAGACAAUAACAAAAUAGCAGUUCUAAACUUAAAAUAUAACAUUACAUUUUUAGUUUUAUUGUAGCUGAAGGAUUAAUUUGUUAGAUUUUAGAUGGACUUUAAGUGAUUCUACAUAAAAUAUAGAAACAUGUUUAUCUUUUAAUGUUUGUUUCUAACUGAAUGUAUGUUUUCUAUCUUGAAAAACAUCUUCUCUUAAGAACGUGAAUAGCUUUCUGCUAUUGGGAUUCCCCCUCACACCCCAUCAGGCAUAUCAGAAGCAUUACACGGUCUAAUUGACUUUCUGAAUGUAAUUUAGUCUACUGAUCGUGCCAAUUUUUAGCAAUGUAACAAACAAUGGUGUUCUAAUUUUUUUCCUCAAUAUUUCUUUUAUAAUGAGAACCAGUAAGCAGAGCAGUAUAAUUGCUAGUACAUCCUAUUUCUAGAAUUGCAUUUUAAGUAUUAUGCUCUGUUUUGAGACUGUUUGGAGGGAUUUGUAGAAAGGGAAUAAACCAAAUACAUGUAAAUAAAGACAGAAUUGAGAAAGCACUCCACGUGAAUCUUACGCAUACUAUACAAUCAUGGCAGCAAUGAGUACAGGAUCUUCAAGCAACAUAAAAGUACCCAACAUUCUGUUGUCUCAUAAAUGAUAAGUGAGAGAAGGUAGUUAUUUAUAUCUGUUUUUUUCUUUCGAUUAUCAAGUUCUAAAUCUUGUUUUACAAUCAGUCUGUGAAUUACUAAAUUUUUGGUUUAUUACUAAAAAUUUAACUAGAGAAGAAUAUGUGUAGGUUGUUUGCCAUUACUUGGAAGUGACAUCAUUUACAUCUGUGUAAAUUAUUCUUGUGGGCUCAGUACCAUGCAAGAGUCCCAUUUAUCCCUCCAAAUUAAUAAACGUAAGUGACUUUCAAAAAUGAAAGUAUAGCAGACACUGAAUUCAUAGCUUUCGUAACUUCAUUUUCAUGUUCAGUGAACAAGUUAUUUAUUAAAGAGAGGUUAUUAAAGAGAACUUUGUUAAUUUUGUAGUUUGAUAUUGUACAUUUUUAACUGCAUCAAAUUAAACUGGUUAUGUAAUGUUUAAAAAAUGAUUUUGUACAUGCUAAACUGAAGACAGCCAUAGCAGUUCAUCAGUCAAGAACAAAAUCCAUUUCUUUCCAGGUUUUAGAGGCAUUUCUCUUAUAUUGGUCAAGUUCCUAAAACAGAAACAUAUGCACAUAUUAAUCUAAUAUCCUCAUGACUGAAAGUGCUAAGAAACCUACAAUAGCCACCUAAAUAUUUAAACCAUAAGCAAAAGCUUUUCACUGUAGGAAAAGUGUACCAUAUGAUUUUUAGUAUAAUUUUCUAAAAAUAAAAGUGCUAUAUUUUGCCACAUUUGCUCUCAGAUAGAAAAAUACACCUUUUUAGCCUAGAAACUUGCUUUCAAGGAUAGAAGAGAGUUUGGGUGUUUUUUUUUUUUCUUAGAUAUUUACUUUUGAGAAAAUAGGAGCACUGUGAAGAUACAGAAAUGUAUUAUUGCAUAUGUUUUAAAAAAAGAAACCAGAAUUACUCUACAAUUAACACUGUUCCAUACCCCAAGUGCCAAAGUUAUGGCCUUUCAAAAGCAAAGCAUAUUAGUAAUUCCCUAGGCAUAUGAAAAGAAACUGUAAGAACAAGGCCUACUUUAUUUUAGCACAGGACCGAAAUGAACUUCCAUAAAAGCUUACACAUCACUGGUGGUGGUAACUUGGAGAGCUACCUGUGGACCUUAGAAAACCCUACAGAACUAAGGCUGGAUGUACCAGCAAUAUGCAUUUCAUACAUAUUGCAUGCCUUCUCUUAGUGGCACAUCUAUGGCCAAAAAAGGUAAAGCUGCAUUUUGUCCUUCUUAGCUUUCACAAUUUGUCCAGAAAGCAUGAAGCAGAAAUGCAAGUAAGAGGAAUGCAGUGAGUGUUUAGGAAAUCAACAGCCCAUAUCUGUUCAUCCUAUGGUAUUGAGUAUUUGUGGAAAUAUUAUUCAUUGCUGCUUUAGAUUCUUCAGAAAAUGUGUUACUUGUGAGUAGAAGUGAUGCCGUGCUUUAAUUUUUUGUUUUUCAAUUAGUAGUUAAAAAAAAAAAAAAUCCUCUAAGAUGCUACCAUUUAGUAGAUUCAAAAGUUUGCACCUGCAUGUGAAAAGAAACUGCAAAAAAUGUGGUAAUUAUAAUAAUGCAUCUUCUAGACAGUAUUAUGGCAUCCUUAAAACUACAUGUACCGAUUAUUAAAAGUAAAUAGAAGCUUGAACUGUGGAGGUAUAAAUAAAGUGAAUUAAGUAGGAAAGACAAGGCAAUCUGUACCAUAGUACACUUGACACCAGCUGAAUACCAGCAAGGUGGACAAAUGACCUUGUGUCAGUCAAAAAUUUUACUGGAAAUUUUGAAGCCUAAUGAAAUGCGACAGCAACAUUAGCAAACAGUUUCGUCAAUUCAGCUGAAUUUUAUGCAGUGGUUUAUAGAGUCAGGAAUUAUUUCUGAAGAUUUUUUUUCAGCAUAAGUGAUUUAAAAAUCAUUAUGAUUGCUUUACAUUCAUAAAAAAAUACAAGACUUCCACAAUAUUUACAGGAAGGUGAUACUAUAAUGAGGUAACUGUUAGACCUAACGAAAGACUGUUUACAAUGUACAAAGAGUCAUCAUAUCUUACUUGUAUCAGGUGAACAUAUUAGCUGUCUGUUAAGUACAACACAGAGAAAAUGAAUUAUACUAGAAAUUCCCAUCAAGUUCAAUUAGUUCCACAGAUACUUUUGAUGCAGCACUACUGUGAUUUACCAAAUCCC